AUGGUAGGGCAAUUAGAACAGGCUGACCUCGAGGAAGUGGUCAGCUAUUCGAUAGAGCCUGUGCGACCUGAUACCAUUGAUGUUGAAGCUAUUGAAGAUGAUGCAAUUGAAUCUUCUGCUACAGAAUUUGCAGAGAUUUUAUGUCAGGCUAAAAAUAAUUCUAGGAGCAGCAGUAGAAGGACUGUUGAUGUAGAUUCAGCUAGGUGUCCGGGUAGGUCAACUAAUAGUCAGAACAAACGUAGAAGACUUAAUCCGAGCCAAACAGUUAUCAAUUGUGAUCAUUACAUUAAUUUGGAAAGCACACCACAGUCUAUUGUCCAGGAAAUCAUAAAGCCGCAACCACCCCCACAGAAACCAACCUUCAAUUGUCCAAUUUGCAUGGGUUCAUUCACCGAGGAGAUGCCGACAAGGUGUGGGCACAUAUUCUGCAAUACAUGCAUUAAAACUGCAUUAGCUGAGCGGCGCAAACGGCGAACUUGCAGGAAAAGAGUCGUCGUGAAGGAACUAAUCAGGGUCUUCCUUCCAUCAGCUAGUUAAAUAUGAGCUCUACGCCCAAACUAGUAACGGAUAAUUCAUAUUGCCCUUGAAUGGAGUUGGCAUGUCAAUGGAACAAAACUUUGAAGGGAAAUGUUACUAGUGCCUUUUGGUACAUGCCCUAACA